AUGUCUGAAUCUGUCCACGAGAGGGCGGAGAUAAAGCUCGAGCAGCCAGAGUCUGCAGUCGAGCCAGCUCCGCCAGCGUCUCGUCGUGCAUCGACAAUCCUAUUCGCGACAGUGGAGAAUGAACCGACUAGGAUUGAACGAGAACCUAUUAAAGAAGAGACGGGAAUAAUGUCGAGCACAUUCGACUUAUUUAUCAAGGGUUACACGAUUGGUGUACCUCGUCCAAAGAGAUAUCUCCCCCUCCCUGUCCCGAUCCCUUACCCCGCAAUCUUCUCCAAGAGAAACGACACGAGUUAUCUUUCUGAGACAAUUCUACGAGACGUGGAUGUCAAUUGUGGGAGCGGCGAAGUCCUGGCAAUAAUUGGCGGCUCUGGAUCGGGCAAGACUACACUUCUCAGCGCCAUUGUAGGGAGACUGGCAAACCUCCCUGUGAGGAAAGGAGAGCUUUCUUUCGCUCCAACGUCACUCUCGGCGGAGAACCCCGAGUUGCUGAGCGCUCAGCAGAUGAAGGACAAAAUUGGCUUUGUCCCUCAAAAUGACUACCUCUUGCCAAACUUGACAGUUCGAGAAACUCUACACUAUGCUGCAGAGCUUCGACUUCCAUCGACCAUUGACCACCGAACCCGGACGGCAAUUGUGAACCAAACUCUAGAGGAACUCGGUCUCACAGACGCUGCAGAUACAGUGAUUGGAGGAUUCGGAAACAUUCGAAAGGGUAUCAGUGGCGGAGAACGACGGCGUGUCACCAUUGCGUGCAUCUUGGUCGCACUUCCAUCUGUGAUCGUACUCGACGAGCCAACAAGUGGUCUUGAUGCGUUCACGGCAAGUGUUUUAGAUACGUAUAUUUGCUCAUCUGACUUGUCUCAGGCAUAUCAAUUACUUCUGACGCUGUCAGAACUCGCAAAACGAAAUAGGACCAUUAUUUUAUCGCUCCAUCAACCCCGCUCAGACGCAUUCGCCCUCUUCACCAGACUCCUCGUCCUGUCCAAAGGCUCCGUCGUUUAUUCUGGCUUGACCUCGCAAUGUCUACCCUGGUUUGCCUCGCACGGUCUCGAGCCCGAUACCGGGGUCAAUCCACUCGACUUUCUGAUUGACAUUUCGAGCGUCGAGAUUGGAGAAGAUGAAAAGCGCGAGGCGAGUAAAGCCCGUGUCGAACGUCUUGUCACUGCGUGGAAAGAAAAUGGGGCCAAGUACAGUGCGGAUAAGUCGAAACGGUGGACGAGGAGGGAGAAGGAGUCUAGAGUGGCAACUCCAGAGCCGACUGCGGCAAAUCAGAGUCUCAAGAGAUUCUUUUCGUCAAAGGAUGGGGACCCUGCGCUCCGUAGGCCAGGUAUGGUGUCGCAGACUCUGACACUCUUAAGCAGAGCAAAUAAGAAUACACUACGAAACCAUGGUCAAACGCUGGGGUAUGCUGUGCAAGCCAUUCUCAUCGGUGUGGUCCUAGGAUGGUCCUAUUUCCGACUAGGCGAGACGCUCUGUUUCCAAUACAUGGCCGCCUAUUUCUAUCUCAGUACCGUCUACUCCAUCUACCGAUACUGCAACGAACUGGUGGUUUUUGACCGAGAGCGUGCUGAUCACCUCUAUAAAGUCAUCCCCUGGCUCGUGAGCGAGGUGCUCUCCACCCUCUCGAUCAACGUCGUUUUCCCGGCACUCUUCAGCGUCAUCGUUUACUUUAUGGUCGGAAUGCGUACAGAUUCCCUCGCCAAGAACAUUUUCGUCCUCAUAGCCUCCUCGAUACUGGUCCAGCUCGGCUCCGUCGCAUUUGCUCUCGUUUCUGCCUCUGUAGUUCGAGAACUCGCGAGCUCGUCAUUAAUGGCUAACGGUACCAGCAUAUUCUUCUUCUUAUCCGCUGGAUAUGCGAUCAUUCGUCCUCCUGACUAUGUCCUCUGGAUUCGGUACAUCUCGAUAUACUGGUACGGAUUCAGGCUCGUUGCGAUAUCCCAGUUCCGUGGCCGUACAUUCAAGUGCGAAGGUGUCUCUGGAAUCGCCCUCAACCAAUGCACAGGUGAUCAGGUCUUGGCCGGCUUGCAAAUCAAGGCAUCGGAUCCACUGUGGCGAUAUUUUGUACCGCUAUUCGGCGUUGUAAUGGGUUUCAAUGCUCUUGCUGGUGUUCUUCUUGCGGUCUGGAAACCUGGUGGUGUCAAGCAUGCUGUCAAAGUUGGAGGAACAGCUGGCAAGGAAACAUUGCCAGAGAGUGAUAUGGACAUCGCACGUCAGCGGGUUGACGUUGUUGUCAAGAACGUUGGCUUGACAUGGAUCCGACCGGCACGACUCCUUAUGAAAGAGAAGAAAAAGCAAAUAUUACAUGAUAUCACAUUUAGCUGUCCAUCUGGCCAGAUUACGGCUAUUAUGGGUCCUUCUGGUGCUGGCAAGUCGAGUAUGCUCCAACUCCUCGCAGCGCGGUCGAUGAAGGCCGGUCCUUUUGCGCGGUUUGAUCGAGAAGGAUCUAUCCUAUUCAAUGGCAAGACGCUUUCACGAAACGAUAGCGAUAUCGUCUCCUUUGUCCAACAGGAGGACGAUUAUCACCUCCCAGCUUUGACGGUCCGAGAAACGCUCCGCUAUGCCGCCAUCCUGCGCUUGCCGCGCACAAUGUCGAGGCGUAGCAAGCUCGCGCGCGCAGAACAGGUCAUUACAAUGCUUGGGCUCGAAGAUUGUGCGGAUAAUCUUGUCGGAGGACCGCUACUCAAAGGUAUUUCCGGUGGGGAGAAGAGACGGCUCAGUCUCGCAGUAGAAAUGUUAAACGACCCUGCUGUUCUCAUUGUUGACGAGGUGACGUCUGGAUUGGAUGCUGCCACUGCAAAUAAUGUCAUGCUUGGCCUAAAAUCGAUUGCAGAUAGUGGGAGGACUGUGAUCUGUGAGCCAAGACAUUUUUCUCUAACGCUACAUCAACCACGAAGUGACAUUUAUCACCUUCUCGAUAACGUCGUUGUACUGGCCAAGGGUGGUCGCACAGUCUAUGCAGGACCACGAAAGCAAGUCGAAGGCACGUUUACGGCCCAAGGCUACACUAUUCCUGCAUACUUCAACCCUGCCGACUUUCUGCUCGACAUCAUCUCUGUCGACAAUCGUCCAGAGUUUGAAUCAGUCUCGCGUGAUCGCGUGAACAGGCUUGUCGAAUACUGGGUGUCUGAAGAGGAGAAGAUGAAACUUGCGGGCCGGAUAGAGGGCGACGACUCUGCCGAUACUAGCCGCCCAAUGCGACUUGCCAAAGAGAGUCGCCUCACGCCCAUGUGGAUCGCCGGUCCAGUCCUCUUGGAGAGAGCUUUCCGAAAUAUGUGGCGACAGCAGCCUGUGUUCUGGGUUCGCAUUCAGCAAAGCCCGCUCAUGGGUGCCCUUUAUCUUCUUUACUUCCAACGCUUGAGCAAAGGGCCGACAGGUGGGCAAGACCGAAUCGGAUUCUUUCAGCAACUCCUUGGAGCGGUUCCAUUCAUCGGUCUUUUAAACUCUGUUGCCAUCUUUCCGGCGGAACGGGACGUCUUCUUCCACGAGUAUCAAUCCAGUGCUGCCUAUUCGACGGCGACAUUUACGCUCGUCACCACGCUAGUUGAGACACCGUUUACAUUCAUUGCGAACAUCCUCCUAGCAUUGCUGGCAAACCUUGUGGCCGGAUUGACUACGUCUCCGCGGAUAUUCUUCGAGUUUGCGCUCAGUACUUUUGCAGUCCAGAGUUUGGGUGAGAGCGUGGGUAUCAUCUUUGCGACAUUCACACCCGAGAUGGGUCUCAGUGUAUCCUUGGUAUCCACUGUGUUGUCCAUCAUCACCCAAUUCUCUGGAUUGGUUUCUCUCUCCGUCCCUAAAUGGCACGAACUCGCAUGA